GUGGGAUCAGGAAGAGCUUCGAAUCGGCCACUCCCAUGCCAACGGCGAAUAUUUCUCGACCAUCCAGGAUGGAAAGCAGGUCUACGAGAAGGCGGAGCAAGAUGCUCGGAUCUUCUUGUCGUCAGAGAACCGCUGGGUGCUUCGAGUUGAUGAUGACUCGUAUGUUGGGUGCGGGCAGUACUUUGCACCGGGCCAGGAAGCACCGCCUCUGGGCAGUUGGCAGUGGCAAGGUGGCUUCGACACAGCUGCUCACCACGCGACGGUCUCCGCUUGCAACCAAGGCAUUUCUCUCGUGGUGCUCCCAUUGGUGGCCCUUCUGCUUGUUGGGCUCCUCCUCCACACAGGCAUGUGCAUCCGACAGUCCACGCACUUCGAGCAUAAAGAGCAAUACCUUGCCGGAGGCCUGUUCGGCCAUGAAGACUACGAAUUCAUUCAGGAUGAGUGGGUCUGGCGGCAUAAGCCUUUGGACAUCAAGGUCUGGGCUGAUGUGUUAGACCUUUCGUCUGAAACUGAGCCGCGUGUCUACUUCCACUACACCAGCCACCUGGGCUUCCGCAACAUCACCGACCCUUCCAAGGCUACGGCCGAGGUCUUUGCUUCGAUGGUCACGCCCGAACCAGGAAAGGACAAGAAGGGUCUGAACGCUUACUGGGGCCAAGGCGUCUAUGCGACCCGACGGCCACCGGACGAGUGGAAAGACGAGGAUGAGCGCCCGUGCCUGCAUAAGCUCCUGGAUAACAACUACGGCAGUACGUACAAGAGAGAUCACUACAAGCGAUUUCGGGCAGACUACUGCAUCCCCAUCCUUGUGAUCGUCAUCCGAAUGCUUAGCAAAGGUGGUGUGUCCAGCGCCAAGGCAAGUCUUCUUGAGGUGCUCUCCAAGCGAACACGGGAGAUGGCACACCGACUCACUGACACACCGAACCUGGAGCUUCGAGAAGAACUUUGCAAGGCCAAGUGCAGGCAGAAGUUUCGAAACCCGAUGCCCCGUGAAGUUUGUUGGCGAAGCCGUGUCAAGCCUCAAGACACUAGGUUGGCGCAAGUUCAUGCUCAGCGUGGACAGCUGCCAGAAGCAGAAGAUCUCUACAGCGAAGUCGAGUCUACAGCUGCUUGUCUGGCAAAGGAGCGGCAGGCAGGGAGCCCCUGGGCGAAGUUCGCGACAGAUCCCAGCAGCCGGAUCUUCAAGAAUCGGGCUCCUGACACCUUCGAUGCCGUUGUUGCAUGGCAGGGCCUUUCCGAACUCUACAAGCUGACAGGCCGGCUGGCAGAAGCCGAGGCGCUGAACCGUAAGGUGCUGGCGCUGCGCGCAUGGAACCUGGGCGAGACUCACCGGCAGACCUUGGUGUCCAAGCUGAGCUUGACUCAGGUCCUGAUGUCCCGGGGUGAGUUCAGGAAGGCUGAGCGCCUGGCCAGAUCGACAGUGGUGGAUCUUGAACAGGAGAUGGGCGCCAGGCACCCGGACACCCUGGAAGCGAGCUUGACGUUAGCGAACAUCCUCAAGGAGAGCGGCUGCCUCGACGAAGCCGAGGAGCGCCAGGAGCAGGGCUGGACUACCUGUAAGGAACUCUUGGGAUCGCAGCAUCCGCGCACAGUGGCUUCCUUGAGGGAUUGGGCCGGCGUCCUCUUGGAGCAACAAGAUUUCCAGAGAGCCGAAGAGAAGUUCCGAAGAGCCUGGGGGCCACGCACCCUCAGACCUUAG